AUGGCUAAGGUUAAUCUUCAUUUAAGGGCCGAAACGAAGCCCCUAGAGGCCCGUGCUGCUCUCACUCCAACUACUGUUAAGAAGUUACUUGAUACUGGAGACUUCAACAUCUUUGUGGAAGAAUCUAAGCAGUCUAUUUUUGGGAUUGAUGAGUACAGAGAGGCUGGAGCUACUAUAGUUCCGGCUGGUUCUUGGGUGGAUUCUUCAAAGGAUACUAUUGUUAUUGGAUUGAAGGAGCUUCCAGAAGAGCACUUCCCGUUGAAACACGAGCACAUUCAGUUUGCUCAUUGCUACAAGAACCAGGAUGGAUGGGAAAAGGUUCUAGAACGUUUCCCAUUAGGAGGAGGUAUUCUCUAUGACUUGGAGUUCCUUCAGAAUGAUAGUGGACGUCGUGUUGCUGCCUUUGGGUUCUACGCAGGUUUUGCAGGUGCAGCCUUAGGACUUGAGGACUGGGCUUUCAAGCAGAUUUACCCUGAAGAUAUCGACCUACCGGGUGUUUCACCUUAUCCAAACGAGGACCUAUUGGUUGCAGACGUUACCGGGGUUCUUUCUCAAGCAGUUAAAAUUUCUGGUAGAUAUCCCAAGGUGCUCAUUAUCGGAGCCUUGGGCCGUUGUGGUUCUGGCGCCAUUAAAAUGUGCACUAGAGCAGGUCUUCCCGAGGAGAAUAUUUUGAAAUGGGACCUUGCAGAGACUAAAAAGGGAGGUCCUUUCGAGGAAAUCGCCCAAGCUGACGUCUUUAUCAACUGUAUUUACCUGAAUAAGCCUAUUCCUCCUUUCAUCAAUAAGGAAAUGCUUAAUGAUGAUAACAGAAAGUUGAGAACAAUCGUUGAUGUCUCCGCUGAUACCACAAAUCCUCAUAAUCCUGUUCCUGUCUAUACUAUAGCUACAGAUUUUGACCAUCCUACUGUUCGUGUGGAUGUCGUUAAGGGACCUAAGGUUUCCGUGGUUUCUAUCGAUCAUCUUCCUUCUCUGUUGCCAAGAGAAGCAUCAGAAUUCUUCUCUCAUGAUCUACUUCCUUACUUGAAGCAACUCCCUCAAAGAGAUCAUAUUCCAGUGUGGACUAGAGCCAAGAAGUUGUUCCAGCAUCAUGUUAAGAGAUUGAAUAAGUCCAAGUUGUGA